AUGUCCAGGCUCAGCAUCGAAAGCUACCUCACGAGCCACACGGGAACCAAGAUUCCCCAGCUGGGCUUCGGGGCCGUCUUUGGUGAUGCCUACUUUGGGUCGGUCGAGGCUGCUUUGAAAGCGGGAUACAGGCACUUCGACACCGCCCAGCUAUACGGGAACGAGGCCGAACUCGCAUCCGCCCUAUCAACCCUUCUUCCCCGCCUGAACAUCCCUCGCUCCGCCAUCUUCAUCACUACCAAGUACAACCCGCCCGAGCCGGUCGAGGAGCCCGGUCCGAGCGUCGAGGAGGUGCUCGCCCAGAUUCAAAAAAGCCGGGAGAUCUUUGUCCCGACGUUGGAGUAUGUGGAUCUUCUACUGCUACACCAGCCCAGACCUGGGCCGCAGGGAAGAGCGAGGGCGUGGGAGGCUAUUGUGAAGGCGAAAGAAGAGGGAUGGGUCAAGGAGAUCGGUGUCUCGAAUCUCUCCAUCAAGAUGCUUGAGCAGCUCCCCUCCCCUCUUCCCGCCGUCAACCAGAUUGAGGUUCAGCCCUGGUACCCUCAGCGCGAGCUCGUCCGGUACUGUCAAGCCAAGGGUAUCGCUAUCGUCGCCUUCUGCCCUCUUGUCCGGUCCGAGCCGAAGCGGAUGAACAACCCAGUCGCGCUCGAGAUUGCCAAGAAGCACGGGAAGGACGUGGGGCAGGUGCUUCUCAGGUGGUCAUUGCAGUAUGGUAUCUCGCCCAUUCCUGCCUCCAAGAACCCCAAGCGGGUAGCGAGCAAUGCGGAUCUGUUCGACUUUGAGCUGGACGGUGGGGACAUGGAGAAGCUUGACGGGCUGGAUGCAGGAGCAGAGGGUGCGUGCUCGGUGAAGGCCCACGCCAUGAUCAAUGGACCAUGA